UCCAUGUCUGCUGAUUUUGCGCUGUCACUGCUUACUUCGGUUGUUUACACUCUGAUCGAGUUGCAAAGUAGUGAUACGUUUCAUGUCAUAAGUUAGUUUUAAUAGAAGUAACGCUAAAGUUAGUGGGUACCGUCAGUACAGCUGUUACUGUGUUCGUCGCUUCCAACAGCGGAGCAAAAACUGCUGUAUGGGAUUUUGACUUUGCUCUCUGUACCUGAGACUCCUGGGAACGGCAGACAUUAAAGGUCAUCCUGACUGGUAGGAAGCAAGAGAAAGUCAAACAACACUGUUUAUUAACACCCACAGAGCACCAUUCUCCGGGACGAUGGCAAAUCCCUUAAGGGCUGAAGUGGUCAAACUAUAUAAAAAUCUCCUUUACCUUGGACGGGAGUAUCCCAAAGGCAGCGACUAUUUCCGAGAUCGACUGAGAGCAGCUUUCACCAAGAACAAAUCAGUACAGGACCCACAGAAGAUAAAGGAUAUGAUUGCUCGGGGAGAAUAUGUGGCCAAGGAGCUUGAGGCUCUCUAUUACCUGAGGAAAUACAGAGCCAUGAAGAAACGCUACUAUGAGGAAUGACCCAACAAGGCCUUCUGCCUGACACUUUAACCAGUGCUGGUAGAACUGAAAAUUAACAUGACAUGACUCAGUAAAUGUACCACAAACCAGUUCCAUCAAAGAGCAUUGCGUCACAUACACAGUAUUAUCAGCCUAUCCACUUCUUUUUGUGUUGGCCAUCUUUAAUUUGCAUUGCAGUCACUUAGUAAUAAGGAGAUGAUCAGCUAAGGUUAAUUGGGGUUUGGAAAAAUGAGGCAAGUACAAAACUCUUUGAAAAAGGGUUUAGAAAAUAUUUAUUUUGAAAGAAAAUACAGGAAGGACAAAAAAUAGCAGCUUUAGGUUGUUUUAUUCACAGAGUGACUUCAGUAGCUGACAAUUUUAAAUAAAAUUGUAUUACAGAAAUACAGUUGUCAGCUAAUGAGUUGAUCUAAACCACACAGUAAGUAAAACAGUCUUUAAAACAGCAGAACUCAAUACUGACAUGAUGUGACCACAAACCAAUGGAAACUUCUCAGCUACUACAGUGGGGAGGUGUUGAGGUCAGAGGUCAGAGGUUGUGGUGAUCUUCCAGAGAGCUGCUGUCAGCCAUGUUGGCUCGGCAGAUUGGACAAGUGGAGUUCUCCUGUCAG